UGCACUUAUACCAACAGCUGCAAUAUGAUAAAAAAUUGCACAAAGUGCAAAAGUUUUGUGGCAGCUGCAAUUGUCUUCUUAUUACCUGAUGCUGUGCAGACAAAGUAUAUCGAAGGAGAGCUUGAGACGCUGGAGAACUGGGCGUUUGUAGCUAGGUUUUGCUUCCUUUCCGAGGAAGGUAUUUUCCAGUACACGAUCACAUAUGAGAGGAAAUAUGCCGUGCAGAAUCUUCUUUUAUAUUACGAUACUGACACACAGUGGCCAGCAGUUUAUAAAACAAAUAAGACAUGCAGGGAAAAAGAAGCGGUGAUGGCCGCAGGGCAAAACCAAGUUAUUUCUCUAUCACCGAGAACACCUUUCCUUUCCGGUUGCUCCGAGGAGGAUGACACAAUUACAUGCGUCAACGAAAGAAGAUUCCGUUCUGCACGAGAGAGGUGGUGGUUUUUAGCAAUCAGCAAUUGCAACACUACAAAGGGCCUUCGUCUUCAGUACAAAUUUCAAAUGACCAAUGGGCCUCCUGAGGAUUAUUGGCGGCACCACUUUUCCGCUGACGAGUUUUAUAUACUUCCACUUCUUAUACUUUUUCUUUUUGUCUACGUGAUUUUACUUUUCGCAGUAUUGAUUUUCGCCGUUGAGCUGCGAUCGCGGCAAUUGCUGCAUACAACGUACAGACAAUUUAUCGUAUCUGUCGCUCUUCAAACUGUGGGCAUUGGAAUGCUCGGAUUAGCAUACGCCAGAUACGCAGGCGACGGUAUCGGAAACCCACUUCUUAAAGACGCAGGUCGAUUUUUUGAAGCGGCCAGCGAGAAUGUUUUCUUGCUCAUGCUGUUGCUGCUGGCUCAGGGUUACACAGUCACCAAAGGUCGCCUCAAGUUGAGCUCCGCCAUCCGACUCACCAUCUUCAUGUGCCUCUACUCGUCGGGACAAAUUGCACUUUUUGCUUGGGAAAAUCAGCUGUUUGACCCAGGUGAUGUUUUAUAUUUGUACGAGUCGCCCGUCGGACACAUGUUAGCGGGCCUGAGGUUGAUCGCUUGGGCCAGGGCGCUCCUUUCCACGGCUCAGACGCUGGCAAGCGGCGCCGGCUCGAAGGAACAAUUUUACAAACGCUUCGCUACUCUUGCUGCGUUAUGGUUCAUUUCUGGGCCGCUUUUAGUUUUGGCUUCAAGUUUGUGGAUAGACAAGUGGGUUAGGGAAACUGUGUGGUGCGCUGCCUCACACACAAUAGCUCUGGCAGGACACAUAGCAUUUUGCGUGCUGACAAGACCAUCUCGGGCCAACGCAAAUUUCCCGUACCAUGUACGCACGUCGCAAGUUGGCGUGAUGACGCCUACUUUGAGGGACGAAGACUCUGAAAAUAAUUUCAAUGAGCAUGCUUAUGCACCAAGCGCAGUGAUUGACGCGGCGAUCGAAAGGAAACCGACACCGCCUCGCCAAGCUGCGGACUGGGCAAGUCACGUUCCAGUCGGCCUCUUCACAGUGAGUCAGGCCAUUUCCAGGGCAAACGAAAACGAAACAAUGACACCGGCCACGGCUGACCAAGUCACUCCAGGCGCAAGUAUUGAAUCAAAUGAAAGUCUUGGCCAGGAAGAACAAGAGCAGCAACCAAAAAAAUUUUAAAAGCGAUGUGCAGAAAAUAAAGAAAAAUUAA